GAAGGCGUGUCCAGAGACCAGUGAUUUAAGGAUACCCGUCGCACGCGGGUUUCUCAGUUCAGCCUGCCGGCGCGAGGGAUUCCCCCCGCGUGUCGCCUCUCUGUAAAACCCAAUUUUGCGUUAAAAAAAAAAAAAAAAAUGUCGAGGAUUACAGUAAGUGCGCGCGCGCGCCGCGGGUGACACCGACAAACGCGGGGAUACAACCAGAAAGAAGAAGAAGAGGGGGGAGAAUUAAAAAAAAAAACUCCCUCUUACAUAUUUUCAUGUUUUGAGGCGUGGACUUUGAGAAACUUUUAAGUGAAGCUCAAACUUACGGACAGGCAGAGGCUGCGUCGGCUCGUUCCGGUCUGCACGCGCGCAGGGUUGAACAAUAUUUUUUUUAUUUGAUUUCAGGAAAACUCCAAAUGACGUCGAGAUGGCUUUAGGUGGGACUCUUCUGCCAUCCAUAUCCACCUUCACCAGCGGCCCCACUGUCAAGAGUAAACCAGUCGGAAGCGCCAAUUUAAGAUGGAAGGAGGAGCUGUCCCAUCUUAAGAGACCCGGUGUGCCAGAUCACUCCAUUGCCACCAGCAUGACGAGCUCAAGCAUGUCCAAGAAAGACACAGAGCCAGACCUGGACUUGCUGGACUACGACUUCAUCCUGUCCAACACCAUGUUGCAGCAGCAGCAGCAGCAGCAGCAGGAGGAGGAGACGAUGGCAUGCGGCUCCACGCAGACCCUAUCUCCUUCCCCCGGCUCCUUCUCCUCAUCUUACCCUCUCCCAUCGCCUCAGAGCACCGCCAGCGAGCUCCUCUAUACCAUUCCAGACAUCAGCGACGUCUCGCCCUCUGGAGGCUUUGUGGCAGAGCUCAUGAGACCUGAGCUGGAUCCGGCGUACCUGCAACCCACCAGCCUCCACGGCAAGUUUGUAGUCAAGACAACAGUGGACAUGAGCGAAUACAGCCAAAGUGUGAAUGUUACCAAGGCCUGUGUUAGCGCCGUGUCAGAACCAGCUACUUCCCAUGCCUCGCCACCCUUCGCUUGCCACAGGAUAAAGCAAGAAAAUCCCAGUAAUUGCACCAUCUCACAAUCCAUGGAACUACACCUGGUUGGGAUAAACCCCCAGAGGAGAGGCAGCCAGCAGCGACCCGGCCACCUGGAGCCACACGGGUUCCCUGGUGGAGGCCGGAACAUGACAGGCAGCAGGUUGUCCUCAUCCUCCUCCCUCUCCCCAGAUCAUCCACUGGGCCGGGAGCACCCAUUGCUGGGACAUCCCCACGCUCCGAUCCCGCUACCUCCCCAAGGAUACCAUCAUAGCUCCUCGCAGGGCUUCAGUUCCUACCCACAACAGUCACCCAUGCAGUACCAAGACCCUCUCAUGAUCUCCAGUGGAGACUGCCUGCCGGAGGAACCAAAGCCUAAACGCGGCCGGAGAUCCUGGCCGAGGAAGAGGAUCGCCACGCACACUUGUGACUAUGUGGGCUGUGGGAAAACAUACACAAAGAGUUCCCACCUCAAAGCACAUCAUCGCACGCACACAGGGGAGAAGCCUUACCACUGUGACUGGGAGGGCUGCGGAUGGAAGUUUGCACGUUCGGACGAGCUCACGCGCCACUACAGAAAACACACGGGGCAUCGGCCCUUCCAGUGUCAGAAGUGCGACCGGGCCUUCUCCAGGUCGGACCACCUAGCUCUCCAUAUGAAGAGACACUUAUAAGACAUUUGUUUUCCGGAACUGAACUGGAUGGCGACAGUUGAAGGCAUAACAAAACAAAUGUUGGCAAAAACCUUCAAAUUAUGAGCCUUGAGGGCCUCGUUAGUCAUCACGACACGCUGUGGUGUUCACGGCAAAAAAACGAAAGGAAAAAAAAAAUCUUUAGAGACCAAUCCCGUCUUCAUUGUGCAGGUGACUCGACGAGACCUCUCAGUCAGGGUGUUUAAAAAAAAAUUGUUAACGGGACCAAACUGGAAUUUGUCUUAUUUAACCGACAAAACUUGGAGGACCAGGUGCCAACAGCUUUAAACUGGAAAUGUAUUUUUGUCAGGGAAAA